AUGCAGCUCUCGAGCCUUUUCCUUCGUACCGCCUUGCUGCUGCUGCCCAUAGCGCUGGCCAGCACAACAUGGCUGUACCUGUACCCGGUCUUUCACGGCUGCGCAUUUCCCGCACCACCGCCCGCCCUUGCGCAGCCCCUGGCGCCCUUUCGCCUUCUAUCACUCGGUGAUCCCCAGCUCGAAGGCGACUCUUCGCUGCCUGACCCUUAUGCCCUCGUCUUUCCGUCAGUCGAGAACCUCGUGGCCGACCUGCGCGGUGCUGCAGACGUGGCCGAGCAGCUAGACAUAGCAAGAGAGGCCGCCAAGGGCGUUGUCAAGGACGCGCAGAAAUGGCUAGAGGGAAAGAGAAAGGCCGUUGAUCUCUGGGGCAACGACUUGUAUCUCGCGCAUAUUGUGCGAAGUCUUCGGUGGUGGACUGAGCCCACGCACGUUAGCGUGUUGGGAGACUUGCUGGGCAGCCAGUGGGUGACUGAUGGCGAGUUCAGGAAACGCGCGGGGAGAUACUGGAACACGGUCAUGAAAGGUUUGGAGAGGGUGCCGGAUGCCGUCUUUGGUGCUGGCCAUGUCGAGGUCCCGAGGGAAGCGCCGGCAGAACCAGCUGCGGAGGAGAAUGCGGAACACGACGGUGAAAACACAGAUAAAGACACCAAGUCAGAAAAACCCGAUCCUGACGAGGAGAAGCCGGAGCGCCAGGUGCAUUGGGGUGGCACAAGAGAAGUCUUGGGCGCAGACAAGGACUGGGAGAAGCGAGUUAUUAACAUUGCAGGAAACCAUGAUGUCGGCUAUGCAGGAGACCUCACGGAGUCGCGUCUCGACCGGUUCGAACGCGCUUUUGGCAGUGUCAAUUGGGACAUUUGGUUCACACUGCCCGAUGCCCUGCGUUCCAACGAGACGGCUGAUCUGGACAAACGACACCCCGACAGACCCCCGACCCUCCGCCUCGUCGUCCUCAAUACCAUGAAUCUCGAUACUCCUGCCUGGUCUCCCGCACUCCAGACCGAAACAUACAACUUUAUGAACCACAUCAUCACCAGCUCGCUUCCUGUCACCGACAAAACCCACGCCACCAUUCUUCUCACACACAUUCCCCUCGAGAAAGAAGCCGGCAUAUGCGUCGACAGUCCAUUGUUUGACUUCUACGAUAGCGGACAUGGAGUCAAGGAGCAGAACAUGCUUUCAGACCAUGGCACCAAGACGAUUCUCGAGGGCGUCUUUGGCAUGAGUCGCAGUCGCUAUGUGGCUGGUGGAGGCCAAGGCAGAAAGGGCAUCAUUAUGAACGGGCACGAUCAUGCUGGCUGUGAUGUGGUGCAUUAUAUCAGACAAGAUGGUGGCGAGAGUACGUGUCGAGCGGAGGAAAUCAAGAAAGAGGAUGCCUACUGGCCGACCAGCGCCACCAAUGAGACUACGAUCGCUACGUCAAUGGAGGUUCAUGGCGUCGACAUGAACGGAGUCGCAGCCAACGAAAGCGAGCAAGAUCCUACGUCCAACGAUACCGACUCUGCGUCUGAAUCCUCAACAGAGUCUUCAGAGCCUGUUGCAGAAUCUCCCCCCGAGCCUGCAACACCGCAAUGGCGCGCCCGCCGUUUUCCACACCGCCCUUAUGAAAUCACGCCUGAAAAUGAAUGCACCGAUAUCAAUGCCUCUCCACAUAUCCGCGAAAUCACCCUGCGCAGCAUGAUGGGCGAGUACUCCGGCUACGCAGGAUUCCUGUCUGCAUGGUUCGACGAGCAAAAGGGGGAGCGAGGCGAAUGGGUAUUUGAGUUUAGUACCUGCGGCGUCGGAGUGCAGCAUUGGUGGUGGGGAAUCCAUAUCGUGGAUCUGGUGCUGCUGAUUGCCCUGCUUGGUGCUGCCAUCACGCGAGCAGUCGAGCAAGCAGCAAUGGGCCAGGCUGUGACGGGCAAGGCCAAGUCCGUAGGCCUAGAGAAACGUGCAAAGCCUGCUGAGGUGCAGCGGACUGUAUAUAGCAGCUCUGGCGGGAGAACGGCUUCCGUGACGGAAGUCACGAAGCGCCGGAUAUAGA